UUAAACACGUUCCAUUUCUCAUGCGAAGAUCCCUUUUCCCUGAAGUCGUCUUCCAAAACAUGGCUAGUCCCCUUGUGAAUAACAGUAGUAGGCUCUCUCUUGCCAUGGAGAGGACUGGCCAAUGGGUUUUUUCCCAAGAAAUUCCAACAGAUGUUCUAGUUGAAGUAGGAAAGGCCACCUUUUCUCUUCAUAAGUUCAUGCUUGUAGCAAAGAGCAAUUACAUAAGAAAACUAAUUCUUGAAUCCAAGGAAGCUGAUCUAACAAGGAUAGAUCUCUCGGACAUCCCUGGAGGCCCUGAGAUCUUCGAAAAGGCAGCUAAGUUCUGUUAUGGAGUGAACUUUGAGAUCACGGUCCACAACGUAGCAGCUCUGCGUUGUGCUGCUGAGUAUCUCCAAAUGACUGAUAAAUAUUGUGACAAUAACCUCGCCGGCCGGACCGAGGAUUUCCUUUCUCAAGUUGCCCUGCCUAGCCUCUCUGGUGCCGUGGUUGUUCUUAAAUCAUGUGAAGAUCUUCUCCCUCUGGCUGAAGAUCUAAGAAUCGUUCAAAGAUGUGUUGAUGUUGUUAGCUCCAAGGCUUGCGUUGAAGCAAAUUUUCCAAGCCGUUCGCCACCAAAUUGGUGGACGGAAGAGCUGUCAAUCUUGGACGUAAAAUUCUUCGGUAAAGUGAUCACUUCAAUGAAGUCGCGGGGUGCUAAGGCCUUCACUACAGCUAGUGCUUUAAUAACAUAUUCUGAGAAGUCCCUCCGGGAUCUUGUACGCGACCAUUCAGGAAAUGGUGCCAGGACAGCUGUUUCAGAUGACUCUGACCUCAGAACCCGGCAACGGGAGCUUCUCGAAUCCAUCGUGGCUCUAUUACCGCCAGAGAAGUCCUCUUUUCCCAUUAACUUCCUCUGCUGUCUCCUCAGAGCAGCUAUUUUCUUGGGAGCAGCGAGUACUUGCAAGAUUGAGUUGGAGAAAAGAAUAUCAGCAAUACUAGAACAUGUGACAGUGGAUGAUCUUUUGGUGGUAUCUUUUACUUACGAUGGGGAGAGGCUUUUUGAUCUCGAGAGCGUGAGGAGGAUUAUAUCCGGUUUCAUGGAAAAAGAAAAGAGCGUUGCAGUCUUUAAUGCAGGGGAUUUCAGGGAAGUGAGUUCAACUGCCAUGCUCAGGGCUGCCAAAACUGUUGAUGCCUACCUUGGUGAAAUUGCGACUUUUUCAGAGCUUAGCAUAUCCAAGUUUAACGGGAUUGCUAUUUUGGUUCCAAAGGCAGCCAGAAAGGUUGAUGAUGAUGUUUACCGGGCUGUUGAUAUCUACCUAAAGGCUCAUCCGAAUCUAGAUGAGAUCGAGCGGGAGAAAGUGUGCAGUGUGAUGGAUCCACUCAAGCUAUCCUACGAGGCAAGGGUCCAUGCUUCACAGAACAAGCGCUUGCCAGUACAAAUCGUUCUUCAUGCACUAUACUACGAUCAGCUGAAAUUAAGAAGUGGAACUGAAGAUCUAAAGAUGCCAAAUGCAAUUACUACGAGACGCCAAUUGCAGGCUGAUACAUCACUGGCUAGAGAAAACGAAGAAUUGCGAACUGAAUUGCUAAAGAUGAAAAUGUACAUAGCAGAUUUGCAGAAGACACAGGGGCCAUCUACCAAAGCAACUGCGGCAAGUUCCCGAAGGCCAACAUUCUUCUCCUCUAUGUCCAAGACACUGGGGAAACUGAACCCGUUCAAGCACGGAUCAAAGGAUACUUCUCAUAUAGAUGAUGCUCUGGUAGAUAUUUCCAAGCCUAGGAGGAGAAGGUUCUCUAUUUCCUAGAUCGAUUCUCUCCAUUGAUCAGGGAUUAAAUUUUUACGUUUCUGUCUUGUGAUGAAUUUGUGCAUUAGGAUUGGUGUUUUGGGUGAAGAACUUGUCGUUGGGUUUGUGAAAAAUUUCAGUUUGUUUCUGUCCCCAAACAUUUGUGUGUCAUUGACCAUGACCGAGUAUAUGGCACACUUUAACUUU